GAUGAAUAGAUAGAUAGAUAGAUAGAUAGAUAGAUAGAAAGAUUUUAUUUCAGUGCGUGGAUUCCUUUCGCUUGACAGUAUUAAGGGCAGGCUGGGCUGUUUAUGAUUUUUUGAACAGACCUUUAUGGCACCAGCCCAAGGUAGGAAAGGAUCUUUUGUUGCUGGGGUUGCUGCUCGCAGGCUUAGACGCUUCUGCUGGGGGAGAAGCUAUGCAGGACAGCGUGCUUGGAAGAACCGUACCCGGGGUUUUCAAUGACAAACCUCCAGUUUUGGGGUCUUCUUUUCACUUCUUCCUUUCAGAUACGUCAUGACGGAUCAAACAGUUACCGUUUGAUGCAGCUUGGAUGCCUGGAGUCUGUGGCCAACUCGACCGUCGCCUAUUCCUCCUCAUCUCCUCUCACUUACUCUACCACGGGCACCGAGUUCGCCUCCCCGUACUUCUCCACUAACCACCAGUACACCCCACUGCACCACCAGUCCUUCCACUACGAGUUCCAACACAGCCACCCGGCAGUCAACCCCGACGCUUACUCCUUGAACUCUCUCCACCACUCCCAGCAGUAUUACCAGCAGAUCCACCAUGGAGAACCCACUGAUUUUAUCAACCUGCACAAUGCGCGGGCACUCAAGUCCUCCUGCCUGGACGAGCAGAGGAGAGAGCUGGGGUGCUUAGAUGCUUACCGCCGCCACGACCUGUCUCUUAUGAGCCAUGGAUCCCAAUAUGGGAUGCAUCCAGAUCAAAGACUCCUGCCAGGACCAAGCCUCGGGCUUGCAGCCUCGGGAGCAGACGAUUUGCAGAGCUCAGUGGAGGCCCAGUGUGGACUUGUACUCAACGGGCAAGGAGGUGUGAUAAGAAGAGGUGGCACCUGUGUAGUCAACCCCACGGACCUGUUCUGCUCCGUUCCUGGUCGCUUGUCUCUGCUCAGCUCCACUUCCAAGUACAAAGUGACCAUUGCAGAGGUGAAGAGGCGCCUUUCACCACCAGAGUGCCUCAAUGCUUCCCUCCUCGGAGGUAUUUUGAGAAGAGCAAAAUCCAAGAACGGAGGACGCUGCUUGCGAGAAAAAUUAGACAGACUUGGACUGAAUUUGCCUGCAGGAAGAAGAAAAGCAGCAAAUGUCACACUCCUGACUUCCCUGGUAGAAGGGGAAGCACUACAUUUGGCCAGAGAUUUCGGCUACACCUGUGAAACAGAGUUCCCUGCCAAGGCAGUAGGAGAGCACAUUGCCAGACAGCACAUGGAACAGAAAGAGCAGACAGCGAGGAAAAAGAUGAUCCUAGCGACAAAACAAAUAUGUAAAGAAUUCCAAGACCUUCUAAGUCAAGACAGAUCACCCCUCGGAUCCUCCAGACCAACUCCAAUAUUAGACCUCGACAUCCAGAGACAUUUAACACAUUUCAGUUUGAUCACUCAUGGUUUUGGAACUCCUGCAAUAUGUGCUGCCCUAAGCACUUUCCAAACUGUUCUCAGUGAAAUGCUGAACUACUUGGAAAAGCACACAUCGCACAAAAACGGAGGAGCGGCGGAAUCCGGCCAAGGACACGCCAACUCGGAGAAAGCCCCCCUGCGGAAAACUUCAGAGGCUGCUGUGAAAGAGGGCAAAACAGAAAAGACAGACUAGCUACAUCAAACAGAAUCUAUUUCGAGAGAGUCUUGCUGCUGAUAUUUUUUUUAAAUAUAUAUAUCAUUGAGGGCAAUUUAUCU